AUGCUUGUUUUCCUCACCAUUACAUGUUCCUUGAUAUUGGCCUGCCAUGGUGCACCCGUUUCAUUCUUGAACAGGUUACAAACGUUGUUUUCUUUUGGCGAUUCAUACACGACACAAAAUCUCGACACAAUCACCAUGUCCUAUGCGUGUGCCAACUGCACAUCUGCGGGUGGUCCCAAUUGGGUGGAGUAUCUUGUUGAGAUCCAUCCAAUGCAAUACUGGAACCUUGCUUACAACAGCGCUCCCAUAUCCAAUAACCUCGUUGACCAGCCAAGAUCGCCUGUGAUUGAUAUGGCCACUCAAAUAACGGAGCUUUACCCAAGACAUUUUGUCAAUACAUCGUAUACACACGACCCAUCCACCACCUUGUACACAUUUUGGAUCGGUAUCAAUGAUAUAAAUCAAUCAGCUGAAUGGAACGACACGUCCACAUUGGAUGAUCGUCUCAUGGCGCAAUAUCGAGUUUUGCUGAGGUAUCUGGAAUCGUUGGGAGCCAAACAUUUCAUGUUGAUCAAUGUGCCUCCCAUUGACCGAUCACCCAUGUGGAGCCAACAACGGCAGAAUGGCCUAUUUGAAAAAACCAUUCGUAAACGUGUUCAAGGUUUAAAUUCCAAAUUGGCGGCCUUGCAUCAAGAUUUGAAGGACACAGCAGCAGCUGGCAGUACAUGGAUGUUGUUUGAUGCAUGGUCAAAAUUUACCCAUAUUCUUGAUCAUCCUCAAAGGUAUGGGCUCACCAAUACAACAGGGUAUUGCCCUGAUUGGAACCACCCUGAAGGUUGUGGAGGGUCAAUAGAAGAGUACUUUUGGUUUAACGAUCUUCAUCCCACAUUCAAAGUCCAUGAAUUCAUGGCCAAGGCCAUUGCCGAUUUCCUUUCAUGA